AAAAAAAAAAGGUCUGCCGGCAAACGCCGCAUAAAACGUCCGCCAACUUGUAAAUUGAAUUGAAAACAAAGAGAAGUCAAACUCAACGAAACCGCCGACCCCACUCUUGACUCAUUCUCCUCCUCUUUCGUUUUUAUUUUUUUUAUGCCCUAAUAUUCCUCUUUGUUUCUCUGACUAUUUCCCAACCCACACUGAUACCAAUAAAAUCCCCGUCUUCCAUAAACCCUGAAAAGACGAAAAAAAAAGAAAAAAUGGUAACCGUUUGCACCAAAGAAGACGUGCAAAAAGUUCUUUCUGACAAAAUAGCCAAGCUAACGGUUAAUGUAGAAGAUAAGGAGUGCAAAAACGAAACAGCUGAAGCAGUUGGUGACAGUGAAACGUGUAGGACUCCAACUGCUAAAGAGCAUCGGAUUCCCGAACCCUUGUCCUGCCCUCCAGCCCCAAGGAAACGUAAGGGUUCUUUCUCUGUCGACAAAACUGAGCCUAAGAAGACUGUGGAUGACACCGAGAUUGAGACCAUAUUUUCCGUUGAUCAGGAUCCGGCGUCCAAGACAUCUUCCAGGCAGUGAAGGGUUGGCUUCUGAUUCUUUUCUUUUAAUGUACUAGAAUUCACAGGAGUUUAGAGAUAUUGAUUAUUAGAUAGGACAGAACUAAGUCUAGGCCUUCAGGGAAUUCUUGUAAUUAAUGAUGAUAUAAUGCAAAGGAAUAUAGAGUUUAGGGAUAUCUGAUUGUUAGCUAGGAAAAACCCAGUUCAGGGAAUUCUUAGAAAGAUUAUAUAAGACAAUGGAAUAGCAAAGUGUAAAAUAGACAAGGCAUAAAAGGCUUUAGAGGCGUUAGUUUGAACAUGUUUUUAAGUUUGUUGCGUUAGCAAAAAAGUUAGGAUUCUAUCUGAUCUCUCAACUUCUUUCAGAAUAUACUGUCGUUAAUCAAUGCCUAAUGAUUGUUAUUGUGUA